AUGCCGUUCCUCGACAACAACGAAACCACCGAGUUGGCACCCGUCGUCAACAACAGCAAACGCCCCUCUGACGAGUUCCACAAGUUGGUCCAAGAGCUCAGCGACAUCCUCGGACCUAGUUCCGGCCUCGACUCGGAUGAUGUAGACCCCAUGGACAUUCAGCAGUUGAUGGAGGGAUACAUUUCCGAUCCCAAGGAGUGGAUGCACUAUGCGUUGGCUGACCCGAGCCGAGCGUACACGAGAAACCUCGUCGACGAAGGAAACGGCAAGAGUAAUUUGCUCAUCCUUGUGUGGAGUCCUGGAAAGAGUAGCCCUAUCCACGACCAUGCCAACGCCCACUGCGUCAUGAAGAUUUUGAAGGGAAACCUCAAGGAGACGCUAUAUGCCUGGCCCGACGAGGACCAGGUUGCGAACGGUGAGGCUGGACCAAUGAAGGUAACGAGGGAGAGGACGUAUAGCGAAAACCAAGUCACCUAUAUGUCCGACCAGCUUGGCCUGCACAGAAUCACAAAUCCUGAUCCUGAAGACUAUGCCAUCUCGCUUCAUUUGUAUACACCGCCCAACGCAGCACACUUUGGGUGUUCUCUGUUUGAUGAGCGAACAGGCAAGUCACAUCAUAUUAAGCAGUGCACAUUCUUUUCACGAGCAGGGCAGAAGUUGUGA